AUGAGUAGCAGAGGACAAAAGAAACUACUUGAAAGCUGUAAAGAGUGGGAGCUUACCUUGGAUGCAAUAUCGAAAUUACUGGAUGAAAAAAUUGACCCAAAAGAUUUGAAACUGGAAACGAAAAUUUCAAAAUUAUUGAAUAAGAAAAUCAAGUGGAGAGAUUCAAAAUUGGAAGAGAAAAUUGAUGCCGUGGGUUUGAUGUUAAGGAUGAUUAAUGAUGCAAUGGAAACAUUUAAAUGGGAGACCAGGGAGUUACAGGGACGUGUUUUUGAACUUGAGGAAGCCAACAAGAAGAAGAAACUGUAUUCUGCUAUUCAAAAGUUGGAGCAGCAGAAAAUUAAGAUGAUUGAUCUGGAAGGUCAACGUCGCAGACAAAAUAUUAGAAUAACUGACCCGUCUGAAGAUAUUGCAAAAGCCAGGACUGGAGCUUCCCCUGCCAUCGUGAAUGGAGUCCUGGGACACUCGGUUUCCUUGUUUCCUUCGAUCCCAGUCAGACAGGACGUGGAUGAGGUUGUGUGGAAAAGAUCAUCACCCAGCACAAAGAUAGCACGAUACUUGGAAGAAUUGAUUAAAUACUUUAAUACCAUUUACAACAACCGAAUAACUCUUCAUUCCAGAAACUUCAGCCUGGAAAUCCAUGAUCUGAGGAAAGAGGAUGCUGCUGAAUAUGAGGUCAUUGUUACAGCAGGAGAUUCAGGAGACGAACGCAGAGAGCGUAUCCAACUUAAGGUGUACGAGCUUGUGUCAGGAGCAAACAUCACAGUUCAGACCAAUGGGAUCUACAACCUUACCUUGACCUGCACCGUGACCUCCGGUGACCACACCAGCUUCACGUGGUGGAGGAAUGGAGAAGCUUUGGUAAACGACAGCACGCGGCACAUCCGGGUACUUGGAAAUACGCUAGAGGUUCAUCACACUGCAGAAGUCGAGGACGCUGUGUACAAAUGUGAGGCCAGGAAUUUGAUCAGUAAUGAAAUGGCAGAGAUCAAGCUGAGGGACAUGUGCAAACUGGACACAUGUGGUGACAAUUUUCUAAAGAGCAUCUCUGCACUCAUUGCAAGCAUCAACAUCGUCGGUGUCAUUGUGGGACUUAUUUUCUCGCUAUAUUUCACCCUCAGGAGGAGUGCAACAGGAGAGAGAGGGUCUGCAGGCAAGUACCCAACAGCCCUACCCUUAGGACAGGAGGUCCAGCCAAGUCCGGGCAGGGGGAGCAGGAGAGGGGUAUAG